AGUUCUUCAAGAAUCUUCAAAUUGAAGCUCAAUUCAGGCCCUAAAUCGAUGCAUGAACACAUAAAAACGAUCACCAAGCUUAGGGGAUCAUGAGUUUAACGCUUAACAAGCUAGGUGGGAGCUUGUGGAGGAAGCGGGUCAAACGGAUCAAGAACGAAAAGAAAAGCGUGGUUUGGAUGCAAGCUGGACAGACAUGCAGGUUCCAGAGACGGACCUGCUGGAAAAUGGUUUCCCCCGCGUCACACGACGGAGGACAUAGCCCGGCGCGCGACACGCGACAACCAUCGCGACACGCGACAGGUAUAUUAUACAACAACGGAAGACGAUCAAGCUCGAAGAAGAACCGAACACAUGAAAAAGAAGCUUCCGCACAUUGUUUCGUCAUUAAUUUUUAAAUGACAAAUCCUUUUACAUC